AUUUUUGGCAUAGUUUCGUGGAGUGUGGGAGGCGCUGCGUGCCUCUUUGUGCGUAACUCAAGCUAAAGCAGUGAGGGGAAUGUCGGCUUGUGAAUGAUCGGUGUUUGAGGCGGCAGGGAGCGUCAACGUUAUGGCUCAACAGAAGAACCUGGAAGGAUAUGUUGGCUUUGCAAGCCUCCCUAACCAAGUUUAUAGGAAGUCUGUCAAGAGGGGCUUUGAGUUCACCCUGAUGGUCGUGGGUGAGUCUGGACUGGGCAAGUCCACAUUGAUCAACUCUCUGUUCCUAACAGACCUGUAUUCAGCAGAGUAUCCUGGACCAUCACACAGAAUCAAAAAGACUGUGCAGGUCGAGCAAUCAAAAGUUUUAAUAAAGGAAGGCGGUGUCCAGCUGCUGCUUACAAUAGUUGACACCCCAGGGUUUGGAGAUGCUGUCGACAACAGCAACUGCUGGCAGCCGGUCAUCGACCACAUAGACAGCAAAUUUGAGGAUUACCUCAACUCGGAAUCUCGAGUCAAUAGACGACAGAUGCCCGACAGCCGAAUCCACUGCUGCCUUUACUUCAUUGCCCCUUCAGGACAUGGACUGAAGCCCCUCGACAUCGAGUUUAUGAAAAGGUUGCAUGAGAAAGUCAAUGUGAUCCCCCUCAUUGCUAAAGCAGACACUCUCACCCCUGAGGAAUGCCAGCAGUUUAAGAAGCAGAUCAUGAGGGAAAUCCAGGAACAUAAAAUAAAGAUUUAUGAGUUUCCUGAGACGGAUGAUGAGGAGGAGAACAGGCUGGUGAAGAAGAUAAAAGACAAGUUGCCACUAGCGGUAGUAGGAAGCAACACCAUCAUCGAGGUUAACGGCAAGAGAGUUAGAGGGAGACAGUACCCCUGGGGGGUUGCAGAAGUUGAAAACAGUGACCACUGCGACUUCACCAUCCUCCGGGAUAUGCUCAUCAGAACUCACAUGCAGGACCUGAAGGACGUGACAAACAACGUCCAUUAUGAAAACUACCGCAGCAGGAAGCUGGCCGCUGUCACCUACAAUGGAGUGGACAACAACAAGGCUAAAGGACAGCUGUCCACCAAACUUGACACAGUUGAAGGAAUGAGUCCUCUGGCCCAGAUGGAGGAGGAGAGGCGAGAGCAUGUGGCUAAGAUGAAGAAGAUGGAGAUGGAGAUGGAGCAGGUGUUCGAGAUGAAAGUCAAGGAAAAAGUGCAGAAGCUCAAAGACUCUGAAGCAGAGCUUCAGCGGCGUCAUGAGCAGAUGAAGAAGAACCUGGAGGCUCAGCACAAGGAGUUGGAAGACAAGAGACGCGUGUUCGAGGAAGAGAGGGCAAACUGGGAGACCCAGCAGCGCCUGCAACAGCAGCAGAUGGAGGCCACCAGGACCCUGGAGAAAAACAAAAAGAAAGGCAAGAUCUUUUAAGGACAGUCGACAGGACCACCCCAACUCAAGAAAUUUUUGUUUGCCAAUGUUGCCAGUCAGGACACCAGUGUGUGGCUCUGACAUUACCCCACCUCCUCCCAAUCUCCCUCUAUCCUCCCCUCUUCUCACCGCUCUCCUCCCCCUGUUCCUCUGUCCCUGCUCUGUCUGCCAGCACAGCCGUGCUCCUGCUCCCAGCCGCUAGAGGGUGCACUGGGGGCAUUUGUGGGUGUGUGAGGGGGCGCGGGGGGGGGUCUGCAUGUAAGGCCAGAACAGCCUCUGCAGAGCCCCCUGGCUGCCUCAGGACUCAUCAUUGUUAUUUUCAUCAUCAUCCUCAAGGAAUGUGUUUACUUUAACAGCAGAAACAAAUAACCCCAUUUUUAGUAAGGCCAAACCCAUAUUAUUUUAAUUAUCAUUAUUAUUAUUAUUAUUGAUGUUGUUAUUAUUAUUAUUGUUUUACAAUCGUUUCAUCCCUUCAAAAAGUCAUGUCUGUACAAUCAGUUUCCAUUGUAAUACUUGUUUAUUGGAAAAAUAAAAGUAUAUGAACAUUUAACCUGACCUUCAAAUGUGUGUUAAAGUAAGAAGAGGACAAGGCAUUAACGAAUCAUUUCUGUUUUGGUUUUGAGUGUACCUGUUAAACCUGUAACCCUCGUCCCAUCAGCGCAGCAGGCUCGAACGAAACACUGUCGGCAGAAAAAACGAGAAAAUGCACCUUGGGCCUUUUUAUAGAUUUAAAAAAAAAGAUGGCUAAAGCUUCUUUUUGUCUGAAAUAUAACGCUUUCUUUUUCCUGUGUGUUUAGCUAUUUUCACUAGCCUCGGACCACCAUUUAUAUUGUCAUAAGUGUUAUAUUUCACUUUAGUUUAUUUUUAUAUAUACCGAGCCAGCUGACGUAAUAACUUCUUUUGUAUGUUUAGAAAAAUCCUCAGAGACUUGACAGCUGCGUGUCCACUGUUAAAGAAAAACACUUCCAAAUAUUAACAGUGAUUCUGGACACAAUGAAAAAAAUUAAAUAAAAACAGCCCACAUGUUAUUUCAGUUACUCUGCGGAAACGAUCAGUGGGAAAUGAAGAGUCAGCACCACAUUUUGCUUUGGCUAUGUACUCCAUCUCUGUAUUUUUAAUUUUAUUUUUCAUUUGUAAUGUACAAAGUCACUUAAUAAACCUGUGAUAUUGAA